CUGAAGACCUGCUAGAAAGGGGUUGGAUCUUGGUUUAACCAAUGGCUUAGAAGCAGGAAAAGAAACCUCUGUUCCUUCCUGCUCAAAGUGAAACAAACUCAGCGACUCUCCGAGGCAGCUGGGAUGUCUGUGGAAAAACUCCGGAAUGAAGUCUCCUGCUUCCUCUGCCAGGGAUUUUUCAAGGAUCCUGUGUCCAUCCACUGUGGGCACAACUUUUGCCAGGCGUGCAUCGCUCGGUUCUGGGAAGGACGGACCGACGACUUUUCCUGCCCCUCCUGCAAGGAGACGGUGCCCCAACGGAGCCUCCGACCGAGCUAUGAGUUGGCCAACAUCACUGAAGUAGCCAAGGGGUGGACCUUGCAACUGGCCAAAGAGGUGAAGAAAAAGGAAAAAGGGGAGAACUGGUGCGAGGAGCACCAGGAAGCCCUGAAACUCUUCUGCGAAGACGAGAAAAAGCUUAUCUGUGUAGUAUGCGACAGGUCCAAGGUCCACCGUGAGCAUUCCGUGGUCCCCGUGAACGAGGCGGCCCAGGAGUACAAGGAACAAAUUUGCACCCAACUACAGCAUCUGAAAACGGAGCAACAUGCGCUUCUGUCUUCCAGGGAUGAAAGAAUAUACAGAAUCCAGUACCACGCUAAGAAGAUGGAGAUUGAAAAGCAGAAGAUCGUGACUAAAUACAAGCAGCUGAAAGAGUUCCUGGAGGAGCAGAAGUCCUUUCAACUGGACUACCUGGAGCAGCUGGACACAGAGAUAAUGAAGGCACAUAAUGGAAUCCUCAACAAGAUUUCGGAGAAGAUCACAAGCCUGGAAAUGCUGAUGGACAAGAUGGAGAAGACAUGCCGGAAGCCAGACUGUGAACUCCUGAAGGACAUCAAAGCCAUUUUCAGCAGGUGCGAAAAGGAGAACUUCUCGGAACCCCUCGAUAUUCCCCCUGAGCUGAAAGAGAAAUUCAGUGAUUUCACAGAAAAAACGACUAUCGUCAUGAAGGAAAUAGAGAAAUUUCAAGGGAUACUGGACUUCAACCUUUUUUUAUCAACAAAAAUGACGCUGGACCCAAAGACCGCCAGCGCCGAACUUCAGCUCUCGGAAGACUGCAGGAGUAUGUCAUGGGAAAACCCUAAGAAGGACCCACCCUCUGACCCGGAGAGGUUUGAGUUCCAUCCUUGCGUGCUGGGCUCGAGGGGCUUUUCAUCAGGUCGGCACUGCUGGGAGGUGGAGGUCUCCAAGGAAGGUCUGUGGGCCAUCGGGGUGGCCAAGGAGUCGGUGCCAAGGAAGAGCCGGUUUCCCCUGAAGCCCGAGGCCGGGGUGUGGGCACUGUGUCACAACAAAGAUGGGUACAAGGCUCUAACCUCUUCGCACUCCUCCCAAUUGCUUUCGUGUGGAAAUCCCCGGCAGAUACGCGUCUGCUUGGACUGCAAGAAAGGGAGGGUGAUGUUUUUUGAUGCUGUGAACAAGGUGCGGCUUUUUGCUUUUCGGUGGGCUUCUUUUGGAGGGGAACGCAUCUACCCGUGGUUCCUGGCGAUGAAGGAUGCUGGCCUCCAACUUGAUUCCCAAGGCAAUGGAAAGAAAACCCAAACCCCCAAUCAAGUGACCACUAACAAACAAGCCAGGGGCUGA